AUGCUUAUGCUAGCGGCCUUUUUGCUGCUAAUGUCUUACGGGGUUGGCAGCAUCCGCUGCUUAACUAUACUGUACAACAACACCACGGACAUGCUAAUGUUAUCUGAUUUCAGGGGAGCCAUCACCAGUGAUCCACAAGGAACACUGAGCUCCUGGAACAGCACCACCCCCUACUGUCAAUGGAAGGGUGUCACAUGCAGCCUCAGGCACCCAGGCCGUGUCACCGUGUUGAACCUAGGUGACCAAGGCUUGUCGGGCUCAAUUUCACCCAGUCUUGGGAACUUGACGUUCCUUAUGGUACUCAACCUGUCCCAAAACAGCUUCUCGGGCGAGUUGCCUGACUUCGUUCGUCUUCAGAGACUUGAAAUGCUUGAUCUGGGCACAAACAUGUUAACGGGCACAAUCCCCCCCAAAAUAGGUUUCCUUCCUAAAUUAGCUUUUCUUUCCCUUGUCAAAAAUGGUCUUACUGGGACCAUCCCACCAAGCCUCAUCAACGCCACCCAGCUACGGGGGGUUCUCCUCCAAACGAAUCAGCUCCAAGGGGUCAUUCCCGACCAGCUUUGGCAAUUACCCAAUCUCAGACAGCUGUUCCUUGGUGAAAAUAUGCUAUCUGGUUCCAUCUCUCCUGACAUUUCCAAUCGGUCUUCCCUUCGUGCUCUAGACUUAGGUUCAAAUAUGCUGGGUAAUGCACUGCCAGCCAAUAUUGGCAACAUAUUCCCUGAUCUUUUAACACUAAACCUACGAGAUAACAUGCUGGAAGGUCAAAUUCCGGCUUCAUUAGGGAAUGCUUCAGGGCUGGUAUAUAUAGAUCUUUCAAAUAACCAUUUCGCUGGUCAAAUUCCAAUUUCUUUUGGUAAACUUUCGGGGCUCCAUUUUAUAGGACUUCAGCAAAACAAAUUGGAAGCAAAAGACACCAAAAGCUGGGAAUUCUUAGACGCACUGAGCAAUUGUACUCUACUAAAUGCGCUCCAGCUAAGUCAAAAUCAACUGCAAGGAGCUAUACCAAAUUCUAUAGGUAAGUUAUCUCCCAAUCUUCAAUGGCUAGCUUUAGACACAAACAAUCUAUUGGGGACUGUUCCUAUGAGCAUAUCGUACCUAUCUGGUCUAACAACACUUCAACUACAAAACAACAGCCUCACUGGUCCCAUUGGAGAGUGGGUUGGAAACAUGACAAACCUACAGGGUUUAGUUCUUAAUGAAAACAACUUCAUUGGACCAAUCCCGUUCUCCAUUGGUAAUCUUACUCGUUUGGAAUAUCUCUCGUUAGCCAACAAUGAUUUAGAAGCUCCCAUACCUCCUAGCUUACUAAACCUUUCACAGCUCUCUGAGUUGGACCUUAGUUAUAAUAACCUACAGGGCAACAUGUUUACUCAAUUAUCAUCUACAGUAACUAUAUAUAAGAUAUCCUACAACAGUUUAGAUGGUCCAAUACCCACAGAUAUUGGCAAUCUGAACCAACUUGUUGAGCUUCAUCUUUCAUCAAACAAACUUUCUGGGGAAAUUCCUGAUUCUUUGGGGGAAUGUCAAAAAUUGCAGAUCCUUCAAAUUGACCAUAAUUUUCUCAGUGGAAACAUUUCAAUGUCUUUGAUCAGACUGAAGAACUUAGCCUUGCUUAAUCUCUCACACAACAAUUUGUCUGGCUCAAUACCUGUAGCACUGGGUGAUCUAAAAUUUCUCGCCCUGUUAGAUCUCUCUUACAAUCAUCUGUAUGGAGAAAUACCAAGCAGUGGGGUAUUUGAGAAUGCUGCAUCUGUCUCACUCAGUGACAACUCCGGGCUUUGUGGUGGAGCUGUAGAUCUAAAGAUGCAGCCAUGCCCUCAUGUGUCCAGGAGAAGAUUAACACAAUACUACAUGAUUAGAAUACUCAUUCCCAUAUUUGGAUUCAUGUCACUCAUCUUGUUGAUCUAUUUUCUUCUUACUGGGAUGAGGAAAGCAAGAGAAUCAUCGCCGUUGCAAGAUUUUACCGGUGAACAAUUCCCCAAAGUAUCCUACAAUGAUUUAGCUGAAGCCACACGAAACUUCUCUGAAUCUAAUCUGCUUGGCAGAGGAAGCUAUGGUUCAGUAUACAGAGGACACAUCUUGAAAAAUAAAAUUGAAGUGGCUGUUAAGGUGCUUGAUCUUGAUAUGAGAGGUGCAGAGAAAAGUUUUUUCUCAGAAUGUGAAGCGCUGAGAAGAAUUCAACAUCGUAAUCUUGUGCCGAUCAUAACUGCAUGCUCUACUGUAGAUAGAGACGGCAAUGUUUUCAAAGCUCUAGUUUAUGAAUUCAUGCGUAACGGCAAUCUGGACACAUGGUUACAUAACAACCUGGAAGUGAAAUCUCCAAAACAUCUGAACUUAACUCAAAGACUAAGCAUAGCUGUUAACAUAGCUGAUGCAUUGGAUUAUUUACACCAUGACAGUGGAAAGCCUAUUGUUCAUUGUGAUGUCAAGCCCAGUAACAUACUACUAGACGAUGACAUGACUGCUCAUUUGGGUGACUUUGGCAUUGCAAGCUUCUAUGUUAAUUCUCAGUUGAUGACAUCAACAGAUUCAACUACUUCAGCCGGGAUCAAGGGAACUAUUGGGUACAUUGCUCCAGAAUAUGCUGGAGGUGCUCGUGUAUCGACUAGCGGGGAUGUUUACAGUUUCGGAAUUGUGCUUUUAGAAAUGUUGACGGGGAAAAGACCUACUGACCCAAUGUUUGAGAAUGGAGCCAACCUUGUUGAUUUCGUAGAUAAGAGCUUCCCAGAUCAGAUAUCGGAUAUUAUUGAUGCCCCCAUCCAAGAAAUGUGCAAAGUAACCACUCAAGGAAGAAUGGACGACAUAGACACUGCUGUUCAUCGAUGUGUUCUAUCUAUGCUACAGGUUGCACUUUCUUGUACGUGCCAAUUACCAAAAGACCGGAUGGACAUGAGAGAAGUAGCAAGCAAGAUGCAUGCUAUAAAUAUGUCCAGCAUCAAAGGAAAAUAA